AUGGCCAACGACGCCGUCACGACACCGCCGACGCCCAAGCGCUGGUCGCAACGGAUGCUCGCUGCCAUUGCCGUCUGCGGUAUUGUGUGUGCCGCCGUCGGCGCCUACUACGUCUUUGGCCCCAAGCCCGCCAAGCGCGCGAGCAUGGCGUUCAACGGCCAGUUGUCGACGACGGUAUAUGUCGUGCCGCGCACCGGGUCGGGUGUGAACCUCAAGUUCGAUGCGUUCUUGUCGCAGCCCGGUCCCGAUGUCACCGCCAACUACAUGUUGCUGGACGGCCGCGCGUACUGGUCGAUCGAGAAGGACGCGGUGAUCACGAGCGCCGGAUGUUUGGAGGCUGAUCAACUGCCUCCCGUGCAACUGAUGCAAGCCAGUCUCACGGACGCCGUCGUCGUUUCCAGCGUCGACGACCAGAAGAUCGAGUGUCCGUCGGGCAAGCUUCUCCAGCUCCAAUUUACCGGCGAGACGGCCGUCGCAAACCAUUUUGUGCACAGCGUCGGCAACAACGAGUUGUCGCCGCCGACGCGGACGUUUGCCGAGACGUGGGGUAGCAUCCAGGACCAUGCGCCGUGCUGUUUGAGCGUCGCGUUUGCCCACUACGAGUUCCGCGAGGGGGGCAUUUCGGAUGGCAUGCUUCAUGACGGUGUUGUCGACUACAACUGCUGCAGCGUCGGCUUCACGCGCUUCGCAACGGACGCGAUGGCCGGCACCAACUACAAGGCGAGUAUCAACCGCUUUGACGCGUCGUUCCGCAACGGCGACGGCAGGUGGGGCGCCGACCGCAAGCCCGUCAAGUGGUUCGAGUGCGCAUUGUAG